GCAACACAAAUAUGUAUGGUUGUGAUCUGAUAAUGCCGUACAUUACACAUUCCAUGAACUUCCAUUAUCGGCUGAUUAAUAUGUGGAAAAUGUGUAUAAAUACAAUGGGUUUGCGUAUUCCAAUGCAUUUGGAAUAUCAAGUAGAAUGAAAUUUCUACAAAUAUUCAUACUUUACUUCGCGGUUUCGAUAGCUCGAGCUUCCCAUAACGAGUUAUACGAAGGAAGCGGAGGUGGGUCAUACGAAGAAGGGGUUUUUCAUGGAUCAAAGGACAGGCCAAGCUACCUAGGCGGCUGGUCACAUCCGGUACAUUGGAACCACCCAGGACCCUGGCCACAUGCGGGAAGCUGGCAGGGACCAGGAGUCUGGAACAACCCUGGUCCCUGGAGCAAUCCUGGAGAAUGGAACCAACCCGGCUCCUGGCGAAAUCCUGGAGGAUGGAAUCACCCUGUACCUUGGCAAAAUCCUGGACACUGGAACCAUCCGGGAGGACAUCAGCCUGGUUACCCCAGUGCCCAAAAUCCCGGUGCUGGACACUAUCCUUCAGGUGGAUCCCAAGGAAACGGAAAACCGCAUCCUGUUCGUGAAAAUCCCGCUCAAGGAAAUAGUGGUGGUGGAAAUUCCGAUAGUGCAGGCAGUGGACAGAGCAGUGGAAAUAUUGGGAGCAAGUACGAGAUCGUUGAUUUAAAGGCUUCAUCAUCUUAAGGAUAUGAUAUUUUUGAAUUAAAAAAAAAAACAUAAAAUUAAAAAAUCUAAUUUAAAUGUGUUUUAAUAAAGGAGUUUAAUGACCAACAAAAAAAAAA